CGUUGUACAAGCAUCAAACAGGCACAGGGAAGAGCUUAUACCUCAUGCACUUGUUUUCACUGAAGAGGCUGGUAUUAUUUUACUAUGAUCGCUAUGAGAGAUUAGACACCUGAACUGACUAUGAACUGUUUUCAACACAUCUAGAAAAUAAAAUUACUCUUUAACCAAAUGUCUUACCCGACAAACACAUUUCAGUAGAAGAGUGAGAAUGGAGAACAGCACUGUAGCCCAGGGGAUGGAUUUAAAUGCCACCCUAAGUGAAGCACUGAAGAAGAUGCCCCAGGACUCUAUAGAAGUCCAGGUUGUCACUAUUCUCCUGGCUCUGUUAAUAUGUGGAGUUGGUAUAGCUGGUAACAUCAUGGUAGUCUUGGUAGUUCUCAGAACCAAGCAUAUGAUGACCCCAACAAACUGCUACCUGGUCAGCUUAGCUAUAGCUGACCUUAUUGUCCUUUUGGCUGCAGGACUUCCAAAUAUUUCUGAGGUGGUCGCCUCUUGGAUUUACGGCUAUACAGGUUGCCUCUGCAUUACAUACCUACAAUACCUGGGCAUUAACGUCUCUUCGUGUUCAAUAACAGCUUUCACCAUCGAGAGAUACAUAGCGAUCUGCCACUCCAUCAAAGCCCAGUUUAUCUGCACUGUCUCCAGGGCAAAGAAGAUCAUAGCUUGCGUGUGGAUUUUCACCUCUGUCUAUUGUAUUAUGUGGUUCUUCUUGGUGGACACCAACGAGACCAUCUACGCUGACGGUGUGGUUGUCAAAUGCGGCUACCGUGUCUCAAGGAACCUCUACAUGCCCAUCUAUUUCCUGGACUUUACCUUGUUCUAUGUUAUACCGCUCAUCGUAGCGACUGUGCUGUAUGGUUUGAUAGCCAGGAUUUUGUUCAUGAACCCCCUUCCUGCUAACCCUCAUGACAGAGUGGGCACAGAUUCGAUUCACCAAGGAAGAUCUCAAAAUGCCAUGAAGCUCUCCUGUAAACCGAACAAGGGUGCCAUAUCGUCAAGAAAGCAGGUAACAAAGAUGCUGGCUGUUGUGGUGAUCCUGUUCGCUCUCCUGUGGAUGCCCUACCGCACUCUGGUGGUGGUCAACUCCUUUAUGGACCCUCCUUAUCUCAAUACCUGGUUCUUGCUCUUCUGCAGGAUGUGUGUUUACACAAACAGCGCCAUCAACCCCAUCAUCUACAAUCUGAUGUCCCAGAAGUUUCGGGCUGCUUUCAAGAAACUGUGUAAGUGUAAGCAGCAGAGGCCUGAGAAGGUGACCAAAUACAACGUGCCUGUUUAUUACAGCGUCAUGAAGGACUCCUCCCAUGAAAGCCCUGACCAUGAUGUCACAGAGCAGGAGGAUAUGAAUGGCUUUCCAAUGCCAAGCAGGAAAGUCAACUUUACUGACAAAUGCAAUGACACCAAUACAACAUUUAGUGUGGCCUGAAAUGCUUAUUUAUGACACUUCAAAUAAAGCGUUCCAUGCACAUAGUGGGUCGUUUCUCAAAAAGAUGUGUCAGGUUGUUGCUCCUUUGUUUUGUUUUUAAUCGCCUGAGCAUUUCCACAAGCAUGACAACAAAGAGAUUUUACUGCAUCUUGAAACUAGAUUUUUAAAGGUUAGGGUCACAUUUAUAAAAUAUAACCCAUUGUGCUAUGCCUUAUAAAAGUUUACCACAGUAAAUGUGCAUGUACUUCUGCAGCUUUUCCCUCCUUUCCCCAUGGUUCAAGUAUGAAUUGACAAUAGUUUGCCAUGGUGUGCCAUGUGUUUUUAUAUAUGCCUUACCCUAACUCUCUGGGCUUUGUUACACUUUGCUAUACUUUUACUAUGGUGAACUUUUCUAAAUCAAUUUCUAAAAGCUUCAGAUAAUCAACUCAGGAGAUUAAUUUAAGAGCUCCUGAGUUGUUUUUUGCUGGUUCUGUAACAUUAGUAUUUGGUGCAAAUGUAGUACGGUGGUAAAUGCUUUGUGAAUACAGUCAAUGUGUUUUUCUCUCCACAGUUGGUUUCAAAUUGUACAGCAUUUGUGAAUAUAACAAGAUUUUUUAGUUUGUGUUUUUAAUACCUCAGCUUCAUUUUGAAAACAGCUGAACAGUCCCUCCAUCAAGGAAGUCUCUCUCAUUAAGGGUAAUUAGGUUUGUAGCAUGCAUUCUUGGUUUGAGGGAUUUUAUUAGUGGAAAAGAUUUUGAAAGACUGCUCCCCUUUUUCAAUUUGGCUGUGAGUCUGUGCCCUCAGUUUUAAGAAAAUUGUGUAUCAAUGUUAUAUCAAAUGCACCUAAAUUGACAUGAUAAAGUAAGUACCACUUUUAAGUGCAUCUAAUCACUGCGUAUUUACAUAGUAGUUACUUAGUAAACACAUGUGUACUUACAAUUGGUUGAAAUGUUAUUAUGCACGAUUACAAUGUACUUAAUGUGUACAUCUUUUUACAAGAUAUAAACCUAACCAUAGGAUCGCUAACCAUAAUCCUUUUCUGAUACAAUUGUGUACUUACAUAUAUUGUGCAAAAAGAUUUACACAUUAAGUACAUUGUAACAAUGCAUAAUAACACUGUGAUUAUGUGUGCGUACACAUGUAUUUACUAUCACACUACUAUGUAAAUACACAGUAAUUAGAGAAUGUCAAGUGUUACUUAAAGUAUUGGUGCAUCUAUACUCAAAUGAAGACAGACACGCUUGACAUUAUCAAUGGAGAAAAUAUUUACUGUGUAAAUAUUGUACAGUACAGUAAGUAAGAUUGAUAUUUUAGUUACAUUUUUUUUAGUUGUGUCUAUUGCAUAUGGAAAUAUUGCUCAUGGAAUCACUGCUGUACAGAAUAAUGUUGCUCUGAUAACUAUGUUAAUAUAUAUAUAUAUAUACAGUAUAUAGACCAGCUUUGAUGCAAUAGUAUCAGAUGUUUAAGUGCAAACUAAAUUCUUGACAACCAUUGCUUUACUGCCAGCACAUGAACUGCUACUGAUUAGAUAAGACAUACACAGGGCUUAUGCUUACCAAUGUCUGCGCUUGCAUAUAGGAUACAGAAUUCUAAAAUGCUCAAAAGUGAAAUUCAAAACCAACGCUGUCUGCAGGUAACAUUUACAUAUUCACUGAGCUUCUCUUUUUUUUUUUUAAUUUUUUUUUUUUUUAAUUUAGUCGUUGCCAAUUCGUUUUUUUAUUAUUUUCUCCCCAAUUUGAAAUGCCCAAUUAUUUUUAGGCUCAGCUCACCGCUACCACCCCUGCGCUGACUCGGGAGGGGCGAAGAUGAACACACGCUGUCCUCUGAGCGUGUGCCGUCAGCCUCCCGCUUCUUUACACUCUGCAGACUCACCAUGCAGCCGCCUCAGAGCUACAGCGUCGGAGGACAACGCAGCUCUGGGCAGCUUACAGGCAAGCCCGCAGGCGCCCGGCCAGACUACAGGGGUCGCUGGUGCGCGGUGAGCCGAGGACACCCUGGCCGACCUAACCCUCCCUCCCCCCGGACGACGCUCGGCUAAUUGAGCGCCACCCCCUGCGAGCUCCCGUCCACGGUCGGCUGUGGAAUAGUCUGGACUCGAACCGGCGACGUCCAGGCUAUAGUGUGCAUCAUGCACUCUAGCGAGUGCUUUUACUGGAUGCGCCUCUCGGGAGCCCCCACUGAGCUUCUCUUUAGAAAUGUUCAGCACACCAAUGAUUCAUUUCUUCUUUAAGGUUCACGCUUCAGUCUCGGUUGCAGUGUUAUUGAGAAAAAUAAUGUAAACUACUACAAUGUAAAUGAGGUACAAAAGUGUAUAUAUUUUGCUCUAUUUUUGCUUCAAAACAUAUUUGACUCUGUGAACGUAAUUGUGUUUGUAUCUCUAGUUUACGUUCAGUCAGUUUCAAUAUACAGUAUAUAGUUUGUAUGCCCUGGGUGGUGCCGGUGGAAAGACAAUGCAGCAAUAUGUAUGCAAGAGCUAUAUUGCUGCUUCAGAAUACAGCACCCAAGAACAGUAGGAAUCUAGCCGGGCACAAGAUAAAAAGUGAGUCGUGUUCCUUUCAUCUUGUCAGUAUACAGUUCAGGAAUGAGAAGGUUCUUCUACAUCUGUAGUCAAUCUGAAGUGAUUGCAGGGAACAACAUAGUUCAUAAAUCUUACCUGUUGUGUUACAUUCGUUACAAUGGUCUUGCACUUAAAGAAAGUUAUCAGUUUGCUUGUCUGACUCUGUUACUGUCUCACUAGUUAGUUCAUUUAACCUUAGCAGUAUCUUCAGGGCCAAAGCAUGUUAUCGGCUGCAAAGCAUGUCAGCCAAUAGGAAAGCAGAGGAUUGGUUAAUGACAAGAAAGAAGGCUUUGACAGGGUGCGGUACAGUAUUUGAUGUGCAACAAAUGGAAAUACAUGUUUGCUAUAAAAAAAAGUUUAUUAAAAACUGCACCGUUAAGACCUACAGUGUGUACAGCAGUGAAUGAAAGUAUGUAACAGGUACAACUUAAUAGUAAACCUGUAUUUGAUUUUUGAAAGUAAUAUUUAUAGUCUAAUAUCCUUUAUUAUGAUGUAACACUAGCUAUCUAGGCUACAACUUAUCAGUAAUUCAGUUGAGCUGUCACUAUAUGUGUAUCACUAAUUGGAGUAUUGCACAAUAUUCCAAAGCAUCCUUCAAUUUAAGAUGUAUCCGCAGGUUAUCCCUGUCUGUAUCGACAUAUUCCAAUUCCCAGUAGGUCUUAACAACCAAAAUGUUUAAACAAAUAUUUGUAUAUAGCUCUAUAAAUACAGUGACAUAUUCAUAUGCUGAUCGCCAUCUGCCAAAACAGACACAACAGCUUCUUUGACAUGAUCAAUGAAAUAUAAAUAACGUCUGUUUUCAGAACUUACAUGAAAGUCUGUUCUGUAUUAUUAUAAACAAGUUACAUACCAGGCUAUCGAAAUGUUUCUUUUCAGUCUCUUUAUUAAUUGGUAACAUUUAAUUUUAAGUGACAUUAAUAAAACUGUAUCUUAUGCAGUUGUCUAUUUAUGGUGUAGUAGAAAACUAGUUCAUUUCAGCUGGUAAAUUUGAUUUAAUUCAUUGAUUUAACACAAAUGUUAUGUACAGUGUUCAUCAGUCUAUUAUAUGUCAUUUAGAAGGUGUGUUUAUUUUGUUAUGUGUUUUAUUAUAGCAGCUGCAUAUAUAUUUUUGUGAACAUCAAAGUGCUUGUCAUUUCAUUCAUGAUACUGUAUAUUCUGAGUAAAACAGCUGAAAAAGUCAACUUCACAGAACUACAUGUUGUACCUAUUAACUGUUGUAUAUUUUCAUAUUUAAUGUACGAUUAUAUAUCUCAAUAUGGUUUUAUUUAAAAAUGCUUUAGCUUUGGUUUGUUUGUGUGUUGAUCAUGUGCAACAUUUUGAUAACCUUCUGCUUUAGUCAGACCAUGUGUUUAUGCAGAAUUCAGUACUAUGUUAUAUUUUGUGAUCAUGGUUUUGUGCUGAAAUGUUUGCUUAAUUAAAAGAAAAAAAUGACAAAGUGGUUUUACUGGUUUUUUUCUGUUAUAUUUGAUUGAGCUAAUGUGCACUAUGGUUGGUUUUAAGGUCUCCAAACUAAUUUAAUUUGAGACCUGAGAGGACUUUGAACAAAGGCCUCUAGGCACAGAAAGCGUGUGAUUUAAUCUGCUACACCACCUGUCCUUGAGGCAGAUAAGCUUUG